GAGGCGGACCAUCAUUCAGUACUGCAGUGACGAGCCUACAGGAACCGUCACAAUGAGAACUAUCACGCUGCUGACCUUGCUGUUCGCCGGGAGCAUCCUGCUGGUAGCCGGCCAGGACUCUUCGUUCAAGUUCAACUCCGAACGUUUUCCAACCAGCAUCGAGGAGAUUCCCGCCCUUUCCAAUGGAAACCUGGGCUUUGCAGUGCACAGCGAUGACGUAUUUCUGACCGGAGUCUACAGCGGGCUGGGCGAGCGAAGCCACCGUGCUCGUCUGCCAAACUACGGCAAUCUGAACAUCGACCUUUGCGAUCCUCGAGCGGCCGUUCAACCGCAGUGCACGUAUCAGCUGGAUAUAGAGUUUGGGCGGUUUCGAACGGUGUACCAGGAACCGAAUGAGCAGUUCAGGAUUGUCCAUGACGUGUAUCCUCAUCGCUACUUCGACCAUACGAUGGUAAACAACUUCCGGCUGGAGCGGUUGAACGGAGAGGGUGCGCUUUCGGCGAAUGUUCGAAGAAUAGCUCCAGUUCCAAGCACGGAUAUUACACUUGGAGAAGCUAGACCGAUCGAUAUUCGGAAUCGUCCCUUCCUAGGGCAGUGCGGUACUACAAAUGAGGUGGAAGACCAGACACUUCAGAACGCGCAAAGUGAGGUGUGCAUUUUCUACGAAGAGUACCCGACAGUGCUGGAACUGAGUGCUGGAGAAACUGCCCGUGAGUAUACGCACCUCACACUCUACGCUCGGAGCUGGGAAUUCGCGGAGCAGGAACUUCGUUUGCUGACACUGGUGAUAAAUGUGAGUCCUCUGCAUGAGCAAAACAUGCAGCAGAUGUGGAACCGUUGGGGGAUCACGGUCGAGGGCAAUGCCGAGCUUGACCGAGCGCUUCGUGCCAGUGCUUUCCAGAUAUUCAGCAAUUAUCCCAGUUCCGUCACCUCGCAAGCGUUCGCGUACGAAAUGUUUGGAAUAUCUUCGUCGGGACUCGGCCGCAACGCUCGCCAGGGUCACAACUUCUGGGAUUUUGAGCUGUGGACGUUUCCGAUGAUUCUGUUGGUUGACCCCUUCUUGGCUCGGGACAUGCUUCGGUAUCGCAUUCAACAAACUCGAGCUGGAGCGGCUCGUAACGCCGAGCUCAAUGGAUUCGAUGGCUGGCAGUACCCGUGGGCUUCAGCGUUUACCGGCAUUGAAGUCGCAUCCGCGGAACAGUCCGACCUCCGAUAUCACGUGACGGCCGAUGUUGCCUUCGCCGGGCGCCUCUACAUGACCGCCAUGGAUGAUCAGGCAUGGUUUCAAGCUACCGAUCGCUACGACAUCUCUUCGGUUACGGGUCCGGACGAUUCGCAUCAGAACGUGACCAACAACGUCUACACGAACGUUAUGGCUGCCCACAAUCUGUUCUUCGGAGAAUUCGCCGGUUGCUACUGCAGGUUCGAUCUGAAUCUUCAAGACGGUGACUGGCAAAAGCUGGCCACCACCGCCAGAAGUAUUCGUCUACCGUACGAUCCCAGCACGAACACCCACCCACAGUUUGAGGAAUACACCGCCGGAACUCCAAUUAGUCAAGCCGAUGCCGUACUACUCGGAUACCCGCUUCAACUUCCGAUGACGGAGUCGACCAGACGAAACAACAUGGAGGCCUACGCCAAGGUGACAGCCGCCAACGCUCCGGCACCGACCUGGUCCAUGCACACGAUCGGAUGGCUCGACGUAGACAACCUGGAACGUGCCGCUUCAGAUUUCACCAAAAACUACCAACAAUUCAUGCGAGCCCCCUUCUACAUCUGGAACGAGCGAAUCGAACCAACCGUCGGAACUCCAAACUACGUGCCCGGUGCCGGAGCCUUCCUGCAAGCCGUCGUCAACGGGUACGCCGGCAUUCGUCUACACACCGAAGAAAUGACGCUGCGGCCACGACUCCCACCAGGCACCACCCGACUUCACAUCCCACAGAUUGGUUACAUGCGGGCAAACUUCGCUCUUGAUAUCCGUCCGAAUGGAUUCACCCUUACGUUCCAACCGGCCGUGAUGAACCCCCAGAUUCGAAUCUUCGUAGACGACGAAGAACACCCGGUGUGCAGCGGUUGCAGCUUUGAAGGAACACACAACGCCACGCUGGUGCUGGCACGAUCGAGUCCCGUGUUCAACAACUGCAGACUGCAGCCGACCGUGCUGAACAGGAACUUCCGGAACGGAGGUACGGCGAGCAGCGUUGCCGGAAGCUUGGUAACGUUUUUCGGAGUGGUGGCAGCGUACGUGAUUUCGAAGCUGAUUUGAGGUGGAGUUUGAACAGUGAGAGAAUUGUUGUUGUGAACUUAUUAUUUUUCGAAUAAAUUAUGUUUUGAUUACAUAUAGAAAA